AUGUGGUCGUGGUUCGGUGGCCAGUCCGCGCAGAAGCGCAAAGAGGCACCAAAGGAAGCCAUCCUGGGGCUGCGAGGGCAGCUGGAGAUGCUGCAAAAGAGACAGACACAUUUGGAGUCACAAAUAGAAGAUCAAGAGUCUAUUGCCAGGAAGAAUGUCACAUCGAAUAAGAACGUCGCCAAGGCCGCCCUCAGACGAAAGAAAAUGCACGAGAAGAACCUCGAGCAGACCCAGAAUCAGAUUAUCCAACUUGAGCAACAUGUCUAUUCUAUCGAGGCAGCCAACAUCAACCAGGAAACCCUGGGUGCCAUGGACCAAGCCGGCAAGGCCAUGCAGCGCAUGCACGAUGGUCUCACAAUGGACAAGGUCGAUAGCAUGAUGGACAAAUUACGGGAACAGCAACAACUGGCCGACGAAAUCUCAAGCGUCAUCCAAAACAACCAUUUCGGCGAACAGCCCGACGAGGAAGAACUGGAAGCCGACCUGGAAGAACUCGAGCAGGAGGCCAUGGAUGCACAAAUGCUCAAGACUGGCACCGUGCCCGUCGCCGAUCAGCUCGACCGGCUACCUGCCGCUGCGAAUGGCGAGAUCAAAGGCAAAGCCAAACAAACAGAGGGAGAAGACGAGGAGGCCGAGCUGGAGAAACUACGCGCCGAAAUGGCCAUGUCAUAG